AUGAACACUGCAGCUGAAGCAACGACGAUCUCGAAGACGACGACGACGACGACGAAGGAGGACGUGGCGCGCCAACGGCGCUUCUGGGCCAUUGCUGAGAACGACGCCGAAGACGUCCCGCCGGCGUGGUCGCCGAGCUCGUGGCGGGCGUUCCCGAUCAAGCAGCAGCCGACGUACCCCGACCAAGCGGCGCUUGAGACAGUCCUCGAGAAGCUCAAGACGCUGCCGCCGCUCGUGUCGGUGCAAGAGAUUGAGCGCCUCCGCGACCAGCUCGCCGAGGUCGCCGACGGCAAGCGCUUUCUGCUGCAGGGCGGCGACUGCGCCGAAAGCUUCCGCGACUGCAAGCCCGACGUUAUUGAGAAGAAGCUGCGCAUCAUGAUGCAAAUGAGCCUCGUGCUCGUGUGGGGCGCGCGGAUGCCGACGACCCGCGUCGCGCGCAUGGCUGGUCAGUUUGCCAAGCCGCGGUCGCAAGCUACCGAGAUCAUUGACGGCGUCGAAGUGUGCACGUUCCGUGGUGAAAACGUCAACGGCGUUGGCGCGCACGAGCGGACGCCGGACCCGGCGCGUCUUCUAGACGGCUACUACCACAGUGCCGCCACCAUGAACUAUGGCCGGCUUCUCCUCGACAGCGGCUUCGCCGACAUCCACGAUGCGGGCAAGUGGGAUCUCGGGUUCGUUCAAAACUCGAUUCGCGCCGAGCAGUACGCGCACAUGGUCUCGGCGAUCCAGGACAGUUUGCACUUUGUGCAUACGUGCGGUGUCGGCUACGACAUGAAUCUCAAGACGAUGGACCUCUUCAUCUCGCACGAAGGCCUCGGCCUCGCGUACGAAGAAGCCAUGACGCGCAAAAUCAACGGCAAGUACUACAACAUGGGCACGGACUUUCUCUGGAUCGGCGACCGCACGCGGCAGCUCGACCACGCGCACAUCGAGUACUUUCGAGGCAUUGCCAACCCGAUUGGCGUCAAGGUCGGACCGAGCAUGCACCCGUCCGAGCUCGUCGAGCUCAUCACCAAGCUCUGGCCGAACCCCGACGCGACGCCGGGCAAGAUCACAUUGAUCACGCGGUAUGGGGACGCGAAAGUCGCGGCGAUGCUGCCGGCGCACAUCCAAGCGGUGAAAGCCGCGGGUCUCAAGGUCGUCUGGUCCUGCGACCCGUGCCACGGCAACACGAUUACGACGGACAAUGGCUACAAGACGCGUCCGUUCAGCCGGAUUUUGUCCGAGUUGCGCCAAACGCUCGACAUCCAUGUCGCCGAAGGCAGCCACCUCGGCGGCGUCCAUUUUGAGCUCACGGGCGAGAAUGUCACCGAGUGCAUUGGCGGCCCCGAGCAGCUCGACGAGACGGACCUCACGGCGCGCUACACGACGGCGUGCGACCCGCGCAUGAACUACGCCCAGAGCAUGGAAGUCGCGUUCCUUCUCGCCAAGCAUCUCAAGCAAGCACAACAGUAGACUCGAAUAGCAACCACCUUUUUAGACAUUUUGUUUGCAUUCACGAAUGGUG